AUGAGAUCUGCCAAAAGGCCCAACGACUAUGUGUUCUUGGAGCAGCUUGGUCAUGGCUCUUAUUCGAGUGUUUUUCGAGCUCAAGAGCGUGGAAAUGGAGCGAGAAAUUUCGCUAUAAAGGUCUGCUCGAAGAAGCAUAUUAUUAGUGAGAAAAAGGUCAAAUAUGUGACGAUUGAGAAGGAUACAUUAAAUCUGGUGGCACGAGAACGACAUCCGGGUGUUGUGCGACUUUUUUGCACGUUUCACGACGCCGAAAAGCUGUAUUUUGUGCUUGAAUACGUUAGUGGGGGUGAACUUUUGGGAUUGAUCCACAAGACAGGUCCACUUCCAGAAUUGUGGGCUAAACAUUUGAUGGUGCAGCUCGUGGACACUGUGGGGUUUUUGCAUAAGCAUGGUGUAAUUCAUCGAGAUUUGAAACCUGAAAAUGUGCUUCUUUCGCAAGAGGGUAGAGUCGUCAUCACGGAUUUCGGUGCAGCGUAUAGAGUCGGACAAGGAACCGGGGAAGAUGAGAGCCAGAGGGCCGCGUCUUUUGUUGGUACCGCGGAGUAUGUUUCACCUGAACUUCUUUUGCACAGUCGAUGUGGAUUUGCGUCUGACGUUUGGGCAUUGGGAUGCAUUCUAUAUCAACUUCUUCAAGGAGUGGCCCCUUUUAGAGGUGACAGUGAAUUACAAACGUUUGAGAAAAUAGCGGCACUCGAUUAUAAAUGGCAUGUUGUUGCGCCAGUAAGCCCGAGAGACCUUGUGACCACGAUUCUGGUCCUCAAUCCCGCUAAACGACCUGGCAUUAACCGAAUUAAGGGCCAUCAAUGGUUCAGCAACGUAAAUUGGGCAGAUAAACAAGCUAUAUGGCGCGGAAUUUGGCAAUUGCCUGCACCUUCAAGGCCUGUUAAUCAGCUUGGCGAUGUUGAUAGAUCCAUGAACAAAAUAACAAAUGGUAGGCGGAAACCGGCCAAGAUAGGUACUACAAGCAGCAUUGUGGAAUGGCGUAAAAGACUAGGUCUAUCCUCACCCAUCCAACCCAUAAUACCACAGCCAUUGGGUUCUUCUGCAGGGAAUAUGCCGAUGACACCUCCUCCGUCCGCUAAGGUUACACCUGUACCGCAACCACCAAAGCAUGCAGCUCCACCAACGUCUCCACCCGUGGCUAUCUUGAAGCGAGAUGUAGUUUGCGUCUUAGAAUUACCAUAUUCGCCAGACACGCAGCCAAUAUCCAUGAAUGGCUUUUCGGCUGUUGAAACGGGUAAAAUAGUCAAUUUCAUCGCAAAUCAUGAAUCUGAAGUCGUUGCCAGGUCCUCAAAAUGUAUACUGUCGUUACACCAGAAUGGUGUUCUUUAUUGUCGGAAGCAAGGACAGCCUUCGCGUGCCCUUGUAUCGGUAUAUGAUCGAGAUCUGUCCAUGUAUGAUCUGGAAUUUGAUGAAAAUCGAGGAACAGGAUUCUUGAUUCUGGAGAAGUUUAAGUCCAAACUAUGGUUUCUUUCAGUUUCUCGCGAUACCCGAGAGCCAAGUGCACACUCCAUCAAUCAAAAAAGGUCGUGGGUAGAUAGUCUCAUUACGGCAAGAAAACUUAGGAAACCCCCCGUAGUUGACUUAGCAAAAAAGAAAACGGCUAAAACUAAUGGACCAGUACAAGUAGUCAUGAGUUCUAGUCGAUUUGAAGUUCUACACACCCUAAACGGUAUGAAAGAUGGAGAUGCGUCUCUUGGGGCAAGUGCUGCCUUUAAGAAUCGGCACAGAUGA